GUAAAAUCUCAUGGCUUACUAGAUUUGAUAAAUUGCUUUGAAAUUUUUCUGAUGUCAAUUAAACUUUGCUGCUUUAUUAAAAAAAUGGAUGGUUUGUUGAAAUCCCAAAUUCAUGAAAAUUGCAAGUUAGCUUUACCCGAAGGUCUCAAAGAUUUGAUGAGUGAUAUUUCCAGAGAAGUCCUUCGAGCUCAACCCCAAAACUUAUACCAAUUUAUCACCAACUACCUUGGAGCGCUGUUGGAAGCUCGUGAGACGUUAACCAUUGCUUGCCAAGUAUGCAGCGAAAUAUGCAAGUGUACAUGCGACCACAUUAAACCAGAGUUGUAUGACGAACUGAGGAAAAUUGGCCUUGAUGAAGAGAAUGUAGAAAAAGCUAUUAAAGUUAUAGAAAAGCAUCUCGAAGGAGAUCAGAAAAAGCCAGCGAAAGAACAAAGCUUGUUAUUGAAGCUAUUGAGGAAAACCAGCAUAAACGAGGCACAACUUCCGGCAAUACAACAAGCCAUUCAAAAAGCAUUCAAGCGAUACAGCUUAAGUCAAGGAGACCUUACGAUGAUUGCUGCUGAUUUUAGAAAUGAAAGUACUAUGGAAACAUCUAAAGCUACACACAAUACCUUAAAAUUACAAAAGCAGAAUAAACCAAAAGAACAAAAAGAGACAGAAGAAAUAUUUGUUGCUCCAGAUUUUAAACCACGCGUAACCACAAUUUCAUCUGUGUCACUCGCCGGAUCUUAUGUCCCUCUACCAAAAUUUCGGCCAUACUGUGCCCACGAUUACGAAAUCUUAUCAAGGAUAUCCGAGAGAGAACAUGUAUCUAUACAUUAUACAACAGUUGCAAACACUACAAAGACAAAGCCAAAGAAGAUCGAAAUAAAGGAAACGUCUGUCAUAGAAAAUGAUGAGAAAAAUGAACCAUUUCUAUGUCUUGAUGAUGAUAUUCAUCAGAAUGAAGAUUUGUCUACAGAUGAAUACUAUGUAGCUACCACAAGUACAGGAUCAAAGCUAAAUGAAGCUACCACAAGUGCAGGAUUAAAGCUAAAUAGAGUUGAAGUCAACGCGGAAGAAAUGGAAGAACCAGAUAAACAUUUUGUAUCUUUUGAUGAUAGUAAUGAUGAAAUGAAUACGGAAGGACACAGUGAUGAUGAAGUGCAAGAAUUUAUAGAAAAUGUUGAAUCUGAAAGUGAUUCAAAUGUUUCUUCUAUUAAAGAGGCGUUACAAAAUGAUCGUGAAGGUUAAAACCCCCACAGAUUUGUACUAAUUAAAUAUAUUAAAAUAAAAUUAUCUUGAAGCACAGGUGAAUCCUUUACAUAAUACAUACCAAUUUUACAUAUGUAUGUUAUAUGUAUAAAGAAUAGAUUUUUACUCAAGUAAUCUUUUACAAUUAGUGCUUUUGAAAUACUAAUACCUACCACAACAUAACAAUGAUUGCAGUGAUUGCAAUGAUAUUAAGUUUUAUAGUUUUAUCGCUCGGCUAAGAGCGAAUGUGCGAGUAAUCGCCCGACAUACAUUAAUUAAUAAAUGCCUGCGCAAACUGUGCGAGUGUUUUGACCGCUAAGAGAACGUUGCUUAGCGAAUUUUUCUUUGAUAGACCUCUCAUCGCUACAACAAACUGGUGGACAGAAAGUCCUCGCCGGCAAUCAGCAAUCAACUUUGAAUUUAUAUUCAUCUCUUGUAUUGACUCGGAAGCAUACGUUUCUUAAGCUUCGUCAUUCUCGUCAUCGGCGGGAUAACUGCUUAGGUAUAGUAUAGUACGCGACAGGUUGAGACGGCACUCGGGGGGAGGGAGGAGGACGCCCCGCACACCCGCACGUCACCCGCAGCGGGAAAGUUCGGGGGCGGCGCGGGUGUGCGGGGCGCACCCACCCCAAUUGCACUAUAGGUAGGUUUACCUUCUUGAAUUAGACGGGACUUUUAAUUAAGACAAUACAUAAAAUAUUUUUAAAUAAAAUUUAUUAUGCGUUUCAGCUUAAAACUAAUCGUAGGGCAUUAACGAAAAUUCGUUACAAUAUUUUUUUUUGGUAAACAAUAUAAUAAGAAUAUUUUAUUUAUAUUAAAAGCUCUUGUAAAAUAUUUUUAUAUAACAGCAUGAUCUUUUAACACUAUAUAGCAAAAGUAGAUGAGUGCAUUUAUAUCGUUAGGCCGAAGCACACUGUUACAAAAUUGUUAUUUUUAUUUCGUUGAUUCAUGAUUGUGAAAUUAGGUAUGGACACUUUAAAAUUUAAUGAAAGCUUUUUCCGAUUUGGAGCUUUUUUCGACGUGUACGGAACCCUAAAAAAAUGAUUAUUAAAAUGAAAUUUGCCUAAAACUGGGAAAAAUGUGUCUAAGAUACGCGUAGGUAUCCAAACACAUUUUGUGACAGUGUACUUGGGCUCUUUAAUAAUAUAGUAUAUCAUAAAUAAAUGCUUUUAUUUACUUAAUUAUUAAUACAAAACGUGUCAUUAAAAUUAUAUUUUUAUUCUAUACAACAAUAAGAUAUUAUGUAACAUAACUAACAUAAUAUGUAACUUAAAAAUAACAAUUAAAAUAAUUCGAUAUGCAAAAAAUAACAAGUGAUAUAGAGCACGCAAAGUUUUUUUUUUUAAAUAAAAGUAUACUGUGGUAGGUACCAACUUUAAAUUGCAAAAAAUAAUAUUGAAUACAAUAUAUUUAAUGAUUUUGUUAUUAAAAGAUACGGACGAUAACUUUUCAAAAGUAAACAUUUUGGAAAUUUUAUAAAAGCGACCUUAAAUGUCACCAUUUUUAAAAGGUCUAAUAUUUUAAACUCGCACUAUAAAAACUUAGUUAAGGUUAAAAAACAAUAUACAAUCUUAGAAAAUAUGUUAGUAGCAUCACAGCAGAUCUUGGUAAAUACUAGAAAUUAUUUUAACUAAAAUCGUUAUUUUAGUUUUUUUUAAUAUUCGAUUGUAAGAGUAUCGAAAAUGCUAAGGGUAACAUUGUCAGAACUGAUAUUUGGUAAAAUAAUCGAAAUCUUAAGACUAGUGGAAUCAUUAUAAUACUUAACUAUAUUAUUUUCUUCCUUUUUAAAAACAUUUUCACUGGUUUUUGACAGUUUAUCACGGUUUUACCUAGCCGGGAAUCGAACUUCUUGAUUGCGAGGCAAACAUUCAAACCGUUAAGUCAGUGAUUACAAGCACCCCAUAUUAUGUUUUAACAUGUCUUAGUAAAUAUAACUAAAAUUGUUCGAUAGCAAACUUAAUUAUACUUUUUAUAUACAAAAUACUACACUAAUUUUAACUAAAAGCCUAAAAUAAACUAACGUUACGUAUAAUAAAGUAUUUAUCAAAAUUUUCAGCUACCAUUUUAAUGAGAAUUUUUAUUAAAUCCUGAGCGAAAAACAGAGAUCUUUCAAUACAUACUUUGGUAUAGUCCAAUACAUAGACUAAACACAUGCAUAGACAAUUUAAGAACAAAAA